GCUGAGAUCAUUCGCUGGCGUGUCACAUAUGGCUACUUACGACAUCAAAACAGUGACUGAAAACGUGUUUUAAUAUUCUCGUUAUAUCGCAAAAAUGGCUAGACGGCACGCGAAGAAGAAACAUCGAGGGAUUAAGGAUCCGUACAAACAAAUUGAAGAGCGAUUCAAUAAGAUAAAGCACAAAGUCAAUCGCAAACCUGUAAAUGACAUGACCCAGGAAAUCUCGAGAAAGUUGCAAAUGAUUACCGAUUUUCAGAAAGGGAAGCCAUCUAAAGAAAAUGAUGAGUCACAGACGGUCAACGGAGUUAAGAGGAAGAAAUCGAAGAAGCGUAAAAAGAGUGCUGCACCACCUUUGAUAGACACUGCCAGAUUGGCAUACACAGAGAAGGAAGAAUAUGGUAUGGUUAGACCUUUAAAGAAGAUCCCAAGGCUUGUUCAGUAUUCUGACGAGACAGACGGUGCAUUUUUGAAGCGAGUGGGCAGAGCGGCAAAAGAUAUUUUAAGUGAAUCCAAGUUCGAAGAAAAGUUCAAAGUAGAAGUGGAUCGAGAUGAAAGUGGCGCUGUUGUAAAAGUGAAACACAAAAAGGCAUUAGAUGAUCCCCUUUUGCCAGCUAAGAAGAGAGCGAAAUUAGAAGCACGAGAAGAUAGAAAAAAGGAAAAAAAGAAGGAGCGAGAUUUAAAAAGGAAGCAGAAAGGAAAACGAAAGAGGGGUGAUGAGGACGAUUUCAGACACUUCCAAGACAAAGUAGAAUUUGGCGAAGUAGCCUACGAGCCUCCUAGUCUAGAUACAUCAAAGUUUGCAAAAAUGGCAAAUAAUGAUACUAAGACUAAGUCCUUCAUAUUUAUGAAGAAACUCAAAGGAUCACAAGCAGGUAAAAUGCCCGAGUUAACAGAAACAAGAAAGCAAAUGCUGGAAGAGGAGAGAUUAAAAGCAGUCCAAGCUUAUCGAGACAUGAAAGCUGCUAAAUACAUGUCUGAAAACAAGAAUUUUGCCUUAAUAUAGAUUUAUUUGUGUAUAGAGACCUUGUUUGUUAAUUUGAUUAUAAAGUUUUUUUUGCAA